AAUUCACACCAGGACAGGUCCUGAACCUGACCAGCACAGACAUUGAUAGGCUCCUGAACUUCUUCCCGAGUUUCCAUGAGCUGUGGAGCUUACCCAUCCAGAUUGUUGUGGGCACGGUUCUGUUGUACCAGCAGCUGGGUGUGGCGACCUUUGCCGCGCUGAUCUUGGCCGUUCUUUUGGCCCCUGCCAACCGCUUGAUUGCCGUGCGCAUUGGGCGUCUCAGUGAGAAUCUCAUGCAGAAGAAGGAUGUGCGGGUGGCUCUGACCAGCGCAGCACUACACAAUGCAUACUUCAUCAAGCUGAAGACGUUGGGUCGGUCUAUGGUCAAUCGCAUUCGCGUGGUGCGGUCGCAGGAGCUGAGGUAUCUGACCCAACGCAAGUACUUAGAUGCGCUGUGUGUGUACUUUUGGGCCUCCACACCCGUAGUGAUGAGCCUGGUGACGUUUGCGGUGUACGUGCGGCUGGGCGGGCAGCUGGACUCGGCACAGUCACAUAAACACUUUGGAAGCAUGCUUGCACAUCCGUAUGCGCAUAUGCAAUCAGCGGUGUAG